AUGAACUUUGGCGGGGCAUCGCCUUCGGGUCUCAGACCCCCAGUGUCGUCUGCCUCGCCCAGCGGCUCCAACAACACCACGACUGGACGACCGCAGCUAUGGACGCCUUCUUCGCAGCGAAAGGUGUCGCGGCUUUACCUCUACACGACUCUCUCGCUCGACAAGAUCAUGGCUGUAGUCCAUGCCAAGUCCCCCGAUCCUGUUCCUGGUAUUGAAUCCGCCAACAAGAAGCUCAAUUCGUUGCUCAACAAACAGCCUCGAUGGUUGCACCCGCGAAACGAGGAGGAUAUGGGACGACGACUGGACGAGCUCGCACUAUCACCCACUCGCACGACUUCUAGCUGGAACUCGAUCAAUUCGCAGGCUCGCAUCCCUAACAACUCGAUACCCUCGCUCAACCAGAACCCCACGCCGCAUCUCAUGAGGAACAAUGGCAUCAGCCCUACGCUCGAGGUUCCUCCUUUCAAUCAAUUUCCUACUCAACAACAUACGCCGAAUAGAUCUGUUCCCCUUCAGCAGGCUAGGGCGGCGCCGAAUCAGCAACAGAACAAUGAUGGUGUUUUUCAGCGAUUCCUCCGAAGCACAAGUUUCAUGUCGGCAUCCACAGACUGCACCACCGGGACCCUGCACCGUCUGCUCAACGACUACUCUGAUGCAUACGUCAAGAGCGUCAAGAGGCUCGUCAAGAGAUACACCGCGCCCAUUAAUUAUCGAGGAGCGAGUCUUUCACCCAUCUCGGACGACGAGCCUUCUCAUUCAACCUGGAUGAACGACUCCGACUCGCCGCCUCCUCUGCCCAACGGCCCUGAUCACCUCCCCGGCGACUUUCUACUCCUCGAUGAGCAUUUCGGACAACAGCCCCCAUGCUUCAAAGAGACGGAGCAGCACAUCAAGAAGUCAUGCUUGUGUCGUCCCAACGAGGAGAUUCAAGAGCCGGCCUGGGUGACAGUGCACGGGGUAUCCAACGGCGUCCACAGAAUGCUCCAGUAUAGUAAAGACGGUAUGAAGGUCGAAGAUCGCGAUCCCUUUGGCAACACAAUUCUUCAUCUCAUGGCGGCACGAGGAUGGAUAUUGAAUGACUACCUUUUCCAGGCUCUCUUGCUAAAUCCGAGCCCUCACAUUCUCAACGCACAAAACACGGCUGGCCAGACUCUCCUGCAUGUCCUCCACCGCAGCUGGUUCUACAACGAGACGUUCCUGUGUGAGCUGCUGCGCAGUCUGGCUCAGAGGAACUUUGACUUUGGCGCCCGCGAUCACUAUGGACGUUCCUUUUCGCACAUCCUCCUCGCUAGGGAUGUUUCCCCCGACAUGCGCAACUUUUUCCUCCAGGUUUGUCAGUAUAACAGCAACUGCACCAAGAGGGACGCUUUCAACGUGACGCCCACGCUUGCUGAGCCCACGCCCGGCAUCAACAGGGCUCACACCCAAGCGAUGGACCUCGACCCUCCGGUACCGGCGUCUGUGCCUGAAGAGGAUGGCGAUAUUGAGCCGUACCAUGUUAGUGCUGUUACACAAGAGGCUCGGCUGCUCGGGUUUAUCGGCAAAGCCUCCCUCGAGUCUCAUCUUGAGGAUUCAGAAGGCCGCAAUGGACUGCACUGUCUCGCCGCAGCGACACUUAGCAAAUCCAGCGUCCUUCACAAGCAUGGUCUGGAUGAGCAGGGAGAGCCUAGCGAUCGCCCACGGAGAAAGGACAGGGCACCUAAGGACCUGGAUUCUUGCACCGAGCGAUAUAACCUGCGUCUAAGCCUUUUGGAAGGUCUCCUCGAAGCGGAUGCCGACCCGAACCACUACGAUAUCCACGGAUACACUCCGCUGAUGGCCUUCGCCGCCCAGCUCCCAGAGGACGACGAUUACAAGGUCGGAGGCAAGAUUUUGCACAAGCUCGUGGAAGCCGGUGCCGACAUCAACGCUCGAAAUCGGUCUGGCGAGACGGCACUACACGUGGCUGUCCGCUGCGGUCGGAAGCUGGCGGUGAAGCAACUCGUUGAAGACGGCGCUUCGGUUCAUGCCCGGGAUGCAGCGGGCCGGAGUGUUCUGGAUGUGGCCGACGUCAAGAUGAAGAGCCUGGGCGGACAGGACACGGAGCAGUAUGCUCACCUCGAGGCUUGCCGGGCAUGGCUGAGCGGACAGACGGGCAAGGCUGUGCAGAACCCGACGGUGAUGCAGGAGUGGGGAGUGACUAUGGCAUGA